CAGAUCAACGGCCGAGAUCUCUUCCAGCCGUCCCCAGUUUCAUGUUCCGCCUCCGCCGCCGCCUCCUCUGCACCGGCGGCGCGGCGGCGGCGGCCGCCGCCCGCGGCCCUCCGCCGAUCCGCGUGGCGCUGACGGAGUCCUCCGGCCGAGGAGUCCUCGCCACCCGCCCCAUCGUCGCCGGCGAGGUCCUCCACUCCGCGCAGCCCCUCGUCUCCCACCCUUCCCACUCCCUCCUCCACGAGGUGUGCUACAGCUGCCUCAGGAGGAAGGUCGGGAGCAGCGGCAGCGGCGGCGGCGGGAGCUGCUACUUCUGCAGCGACGCGUGCAGGGACCACGCCAAGGGAUUCCAUGACAUUGAAAAGAAAGCGGAUUGGUCUUUAUUUGAUGACCACUGCAGUUCACGCGGUCUGAAGUACCCAUACAUGGCGAAGCGACUAGCUUGCAUGGUUAUAUCGGGAGCUGUUAGUGCAGACUGUCUUGACAUACUUCAGCCAGCCCGUUUGCACCAGGGGACACUUACUGAGAUGGAGGAGGAAUUCAAAUUGUUGGAUUGCAUUUUUAGGAAGGCAGGGUUUCAGGAAGAAGUCACAACUUUCUUGACCAAAGAGUGGUACAUCAAUGUGCUGGCAAGAAUACGCAUAAAUGCAUUCCGCAUUGAAUUGGUUGCAAGUUCAUAUCAGGACCUUCUAUCAUCAGCCGUAGCCUCUGUAGCUUGUGAUGCAGCAGUUGGCAAUGCUGUUUAUAUGCUUCCCUCUUUCUAUAACCAUGAUUGCGAUCCCAAUACUCACAUAGUUUGGCUGGCCAGCGCAGACGCAAGAUUGAAGGCACUCCGCAAUAUCGACGAAGGUGAAGAGCUGCGCAUCUGCUACAUUGAUGCAAGCAUGGAUGUCAAUGCACGGCAGAAGAUUCUGGCUGACGGUUUUGGCUUCCAGUGCGGCUGCCUUCGGUGCCUGUCUGGAGAUUAAAAAGAUCAUCUUUUUCCACCCUUUGAUAUGCACCCAGCGCAUGCUCUGGUACUGUCGAUUGAAACCAACGGAGGUGCAGUGAAACCUUCCAAAUUUUCUGAUUGAAGCCAGGAGACGCCAACAGCAUUUAUGCUCUUCCAAAUAUCGAUUGGAAGCCAGGAGACGCCAAGUCGCCAAUAGUAAUCUUCAGAUGCUCUUCCUUUUCGGAAGACUUGUAUGUAUCAAGGUGUAUCUUUUUCUUUUCCCUCUCUGUGCUAAGUAGCGUACGAAUUCUGAAUGUUGUUGAUUAUCAGACAUUAUUUUUGGUA